GAGAGAGAGAGAGAGACUAGUGUCACGUGCUGUGGAGCGAUCAGCUGAUUGGUGCAUCACUUCCUGUUUAGUUUUCCCGGUGUGUCGGUUUCGGGUUCGAGCGUCUCGCAGAUUUACCGCAAAUUCUGCGCUUUUUACCGGAUAUCGUCACAUUUAGGCUUUUGCAUCCACAGGUCGUUCAUGAACACCUCGGAGAGCGACGAGGACUCGUGUAACGAGAGGACAGCACUCAUGAGCACAGAGAGUCCAUGUGUGCAGCCGUAUGACGGGCAGCGUGACUCGCCCCAGGACGGCGACGCCACCCGGCGUCGGCCCGUCAGCUCCGACCCGACAGACUCUAUUCAAGGUCCCCGCGAUGCUGUUCAGGACGGUGAGGACGAGGAACUGACGCUGAAGUACGGCGCAAAACACGUCAUCAUGCUCUUCAUCCCUGUGACGCUCUGCAUGGUGGUCGUCGUGGCGACCAUCAAAUCCGUCAGCUUCUACACUGAGAAAAAUGGCCAGCAUCUCAUUUACACGCCUUUCCCUGAGGACCCGAACACCGUGGGCGAGAGGCUGCUGUCGUCGUUCCUCAACACCAUUGUGAUGAUCAGCGUGAUCGUGGUCAUGACCAUCUUCCUGGUGCUGCUCUAUAAGUAUCGCUGCUACAAGUUUAUCCAUGGCUGGCUAAUGCUCUCCUCCCUGAUGCUGCUAUUCUGGUUCAGUUACAUGUAUCUGGAGGAGGUGUUUAGGACAUACAACGUGGCGAUGGACUACCCGACGGUGGCCAUGAUUAUCUGGAACUUCGGGGCGGUGGGGAUGAUCUGUAUCCACUGGAAAGGUCCUCUGCAGCUGCAGCAAGCCUAUCUCAUCAUGGUCAGCUCUCUCAUGGCCCUCAUCUUCAUCAAAUACCUGCCGGAGUGGUCCGCCUGGGUCAUCCUGGCCGGGAUCUCUAUCUACGAUCUGGUAGCCGUACUGAGCCCCAAAGGUCCUCUGAGGAUGCUGGUGGAGACGGCGCAGGAGAGGAACGAGCCCAUCUUCCCCGCUCUUAUCUACUCAUCUGCUAUGGUGUGGAUGGUGGGAAUGGCCAAUCCGUCUGCGGCUCCUAACGCAGGAGCGCUUCAUGACGACGACAGGGCUGUGGAGAGGGAAGGGGCGGAGCCUGAGGGUCAGGCUGUUCAAGGGCAGAGCAGGAGCCAGACUGAGGAGGAGGAGCUAGAGGAAGACAGGGGAGUGAAGUUAGGAUUAGGAGACUUCAUCUUCUACAGCGUUCUGGUGGGGAAAGCAGCAGCCACCGGCGGCGACUGGAACACCACACUCGCCUGCUUUGUAGCCAUUCUCAUCGGUCUGUGCCUGACUCUCCUGCUGUUGGCCAUCUUUAAGAAAGCUCUCCCGGCUCUUCCCAUCUCCAUUACCUUUGGCCUCGUCUUCUACUUCUCCACCGACAACCUGGUGCAGCCGUUCAUGGACAGCCUGGCAGCUCAUCAGUACUACAUCUGAUCCCAGAGAGCCUCCAUAACCACCCAACCAGCACCCGAGAAUGUGAGAAUAACGACAAAGGCUUUUAUUUACCCUCGUACGUGGAGAACGCUGGAGGCAGGACCUGCCGGUGAUCGCCGACGCUCACAAAGACACGUAGCCCUGCGUUGAUUUUUAAAAUAAGACCUGAUCUGGGAUCAGAUCUCGUCUGUCGUAUUCGGAUCGAUAACUCGGAUACGAGAAGCAACAGCUGACCCUAGAUCAGAUAACGUUUGGUGCACAGGUGGUUCGUCUCUGAGCGUUUGUUCUGGGCCUCCAGACGCUCUUCAAAGGUUUUUCUAUGCUUUCUUUUUAAGAAUUUAAUAUUUUAUUGCGUUCGGAUUCUAAGCCGCAAAUGUUUUAGGAAAUAAUAACAAAUUUGAGCAAUCCGUAUUAAUCAAACGUUCAGAAAACGAAUAAGUACAAAUAAAGAAAAAAAAACAGGACACUGUUGAACAAACAUGAAAGAUUUGGUUAGAUAAACCUCUAAAAAAAAAAAAAAAGCUUGUGGUAUUUAUAUGAGGUAAAAACACGUGUUGGUUUAGCGCACAGAUUCUGCCAAGAAACUUUGAAGGAAUUGAAGGAAAAAUUAAAUGUUCGCCUAAACAUGAACGAUUAUUAAACUAGUUAUACUACUAGAACUGCAUCGAUUCAGAAAUCAUGACACAUCAGAUUUACACAGAGACAGAAGAAUCACGCAUUAUAACCUUACCAGACUGAGGUGAGCGCAAAGGUUCAGACUUUUAUGGGGCUAAACUGCCCAUGCUAGUUAGCCACAUUUGCGUCGUCCCUAAGAAACCCUUUGAGGCGCCUAAAGUUUCUCGGCUAAUCGGCUACAUUUUAUUUCCAGAGGUUUCAUCUAAUCCUGAAGUGUUUACAUCUUUAAAUUCACAAACAGAUGUUUUUGUGCUCGUGCUAUUUACAGCGUAUUUACGUCUUAACGGCUCACGAUCUCGAAAUAUUUGUUUCUUUCUACUUUUUGGUCGAUUUGCGACUAAGAAUAAAUCACCGAAUUGUCGUCAUCACGGACCAGUGACCGCGACGCGAAUAACCUUGUUUGAAUUAGACGAAUAAACGAUUUAAUGCUUACGUUUUAUUUCUUCAUACACGGCAAAUUCUGCCCUUUGUAACAAACUCUCUGUGAGUUUGUUCUGUCUGUGCGUUGAAUAUACUCUAGCGCAAAGUUCAAUUCAUUUUCUUUUAUUAAAUGUAACUCCUAACUAACACCAAAAUAUUACACCGCUUUAGAUUAACACCGUUGUCCAAAAAAUAAAUAAAUAAAUAAACUCCCAAAGUCCAACUCCAGAAAGUUGCUGUAUACAUUUGUUUACGUUACACAACUCACAGGUGGAGACUGGGGACGUACUUAUGGGGACGUCCCUAUUUCCAGGGAUUUUAGAACAGCGUAACAGAUAUUUGAUAAUCUAUCCAUAACCCUAACUGUAGUUUAUGGUUUAUUUGUUUUCUAAAAUAAAUCUACCUUUAUGCUUUUUUUUUUUUAAAGAGGGCGUUUUUCCAAGACGGACACACUGCUGGAAUUUAGCGAAUGCCGUGUGGGACCGAUGCUCACAAGGUCUCAGCGUCAAGGUCUGAGAAUCGUUACGGCAACACUACAAACCCUAUCCCUUCUCUUAUAUCGCAACAAUCGCCAACGAUUACAAUGAAUUUCUGUCUGCUCAGACAAAAAAAAAAAAAGCUUGUUUGUUCUGAAGAUGUUGGGUAAAAAAAAUCUAAAGCUUUAGCUCUAAGACACAAAGUUCUGCCAGUGUAAACUCCUUCCAUCAAUUUGAUAAACAUUUUAUGAUUCAUAACAAACAGCAUUAUUAACUACAAGGAAAUUUCUGGUCUAGAAGGUUCUACGGCUCUGGAGAACCGUCCGGAAUUAAUCUUCUGGUUAAAACUCCAAAACGUCAGAGAAUCACUGGUGUAAACUGCUUUGGAGAGAAACCUCGAAGACUUCAAAUCAUAUUUCUCCAUUUCAACUGGGAAAUUAUGAUCUAUGACAAACCCACUAGUAUAGAGCCUUGAUUUGGGAUUGACUAAUUGGGUUUUGACUAAUCAUCAAUGAGCCUUUUUUUUUCUCUUCUUCUCCCUUUUCUGCAAAUCGUUAGGCUUUUCUUCUUUUCUGUACUAAUUUAUUGCCUGGAAUAAUUUGGGAAGUGUUUUAGAUAUAAGACGGAUAAAUGAGUACACAUGAUAAACCUGACUGAAGGCGUUGCUUGGUGUUUUUGUCUACGCAGAGUGUCUUUAUAUACACGCUGAAGAAUAUUCACAUAUUUUCUAGAUUCCUGUGUAAAACUUUGCUUUUUCUAUGUUUACAUAUAACCCCAGGUUUCCUCGCUGGUUUGUUUGUCGUGUGGAACUGAUGUUGUGUAAGAAUAAAGUGUAAACAACCCAAAAGACCAGGACAAUAAAUUAUUAAACCGA